AUGUCGAGUUGGGACUGUAUAGUCGAGUCGACUGGUUAUACAAGUACAUGGGGCCUCUGUGGUGGUCCUGAUGCGCCCCAUACCGCAUUGUCUGUAUCUGCAGUCAACACAGAGAGCCGCGGUGUGGGGAUUAAGCAGAGUCAGCUCUCUGUGAGCUCACACAUUGUAUCAGAGGAUGAAUUGUUAAAAGCAGUUAAAACCAACGAGUCAGUCCGCCUCGUAUUUACUCUUCAUUUGACCGAAACUACUUCCGUAGAAUGGGAAACUAUUAUUUGGCGCGGUACACUUUACAUUCGGGUUCCAAGCUGUCUUCUUCCGGAGGGUUCAAAGGAGGGAUUUGUUUCUCUUCUUGAAUACGCUGAAGAGACUCUUCAUUGCAGUAAUGUUGUCAUCUGUCUCCGUAAAGAUCGUACGGAUCGAGCAAUGUUGGUUCGUACCUUCAUGUUCUUGGGAUUUACAGUCCUACCUCCGAACCAUUCACUAGUACCACCAAAUUGUGACCCGGGUAAUCUCUACAUGCUUUACACAGUCGACGAGUAA